GGAGUGGGGAGGAGGCGCGGGAGGGAAGAGGGAACGGACUGGGGAAACGUCGGUCUGGGUGCACGCGUGUGUGUACAGAGGAGGGUGACGGCUACUCAGGGUGGCAGGGUGGGCUGUCCGUGCUGUUGGAGGCGCACGCUGCAGAGGCUGCUGCUGUUUCGCCCGCGCGUCUGUCUACCCCGUGCAGGUCGGCCUGCGUGGACCUCCCAGCAGCGACCAUGAGACUCCACGUGGCGAGUUUCGUGGCCUGGGCCUGUCUCCUCUCCCUCCACCUCACACCGCCCACCACUGCUCAAGCGGUGCCGGCCCCGACCAACAUGCAAGUGAGCGUGUUGUCCGAGAGCAGUGUCAAGGUGUCGUGGAAACCAGCGCGUGGGCGGUUCAAGGGGUACCGCCUCAUUGUGCUGCCCAGCUCCGGCGAGGGUUCCCCACAGGAGAUGACGCUGGCACGCGACGCCACGGGGGCGGUGGUGCGCGAACUGGAGGCUGGCGUUGAGUACAUGGUCAGCGUGGCCGCGUAUGGGCCUCACGGGGAGAGCACGCCGCUCGUCAAGCAGAUCGUCAUUGAAACAACAUCAGCCUCUCUGGCAGAGGCGCCGAAAAUUCAGAAGGAAAAAGAAGAGAGCAGCCCCACGCACAUCAGAGGCUGCCCGCCGGACGUUCCCGUGGAGCUGGUGUUUGUAGUGGACGGCUCGCAGGGUGUGAGCCGCGCCAGCUUCCAGCGCGUCAAGGCGUUCGUGUCGGCACUCGUGUCCGCCUUCACCUUGGGGCCGGACCGCGCGCGCGUCGCCCUUGUGCAGUUCUCGGGUGACGCGCGCCUCGAGUUUGCGCUGCACCGCUAUCGCAGCAAGGCGGAGAUCUACAAGGCCCUGCGCGCCGUCACACUCAAGGGUGGCAGCGCCACCAACACGGGCGAGGCGCUGCGCUUCACCCUGGCCUCGGUGCUCACGGCGGCGUCGGCGGAGGGCGGCGGUGCGCGGCGCCGCGUGCCGCAGCUCGCCGUGCUCAUCACCGACGGCCCGGCCGACGACGGCGCCGACGUCGCCGAGCACGCACAGGAGCUGCGCGACGCCGGCGUUGAGCUCUUCGCCAUCGGAGUGGCCCAAGCGAACAAGAACGAGCUGCGUCUGGUGGCGUCGCCGCCGCUCUCCACGCACGUCUUCUCCGUGCGGGGGUUCGAGCAGCUCGAGUCGUCCCAGGGCGUCGUCAUCGGCCAGAUGUGUGCCGGCGUGGAGGCGCAGCAAGCACGCAUCGAGGAAGAGACCAGCCAAAUCCUACCUCCCCAGAACCUGCGCACGCUGGAGCGGACGGGCGACUCGAUCCGCCUGGGCUGGGACGCGCCGGGCCCCGAGGUGUCGAGCUACCGUGUGUUCUACCAGCCUGUGGGCGACGACGAGGGCACCGCGCGGCGCGAGGCGACGGCGCCCGGCGGCGCCACGCAUGUGCAGCUGUCGCGCCUGCUUCCUGACACCGAGUACCAGGUCAGCAUCUACGCCGUGUCGGGCCAGCGCUCCAGCGAGCCGCUCGUCGUCACCGAGAGCACCACCGAGGACCACGGACGAGGGGAGCUGACCCCGCCGGGUGACGUGGUGCUGACGGACGCAUCAUCGCGCAGCCUGCGAGUGUCCUGGUCGCCCGCGCGCUCCUCCGUGCGGCACUACCGCAUCGAGUACCGGAGUCUUGUACCCGGAGAUGACGGCGACGAAGACGAGAAGGAUGAUGAGGACCGGGAGCGGCCGAGCCUGCAGGAGGCCGAGGUGGAUGCGGCAGUGACGAUGCUGGCGCUGAGCGACCUGCGGCCUGAGACGCGGUACCGCGUGCACGUCGUCGCCGUGUACGACGGGGGCGAGGCCGUGUCAGGGGCCGUUGAGGAGACCACGCUCGAUGAGCGCGGCUCCCCGAGCGACCUGGAGGUGGAGGAGCGCUUGUCGGACAGCGUGCUCGUGCGCUGGCUCCCCUCGCCGGGCCGCGUGCUCUCCUACCGCGUGCGCUAUGCGCCGCUGGAGGGAGGCGCGGGGGCGGCGGAGGGCACGGGUGGGGAGCGUGCGGUGAGCGGCGAGCUCGCUGGUGCGCGGCUCGAGGGGCUGGCGCCCGGGACGCGCUACCGCGUCACGGUCAUCGCCGAGUACGCGACCGGGCUCAGCGACCCACUCGUCGCCGACGUGGAGACGCUGGGCGAGACGGGUGGCGUGACGGAGCUGCGCGUGCUGGAGGCCACGUGGGGGAGCCUGCGCCUCGCCUGGAGCCCUGCGCCGGGCCCAGUAGCCCGCUAUAACCUGCGGUACUCAGCACAGACGGCGGAGACGGAGACCGCUGGGGGGGAGGAGGCCGGCAGUGGGCUCUGGGACAUGGGCGUGGGGCCUGGGGCGGGCGAGCAGCAGGCCAUCCUGCGGCCCGAUGCCACGGGGGCUUGGAUACGAGGCUUGAGGCCCGAAACGACAUACGCCAUAUCCGUGAUGGCGGAGUACGCAUCGGGAGAGGGCAAGGGGGCCUCCGUGGAGGGCACCACGUUGCCAGAGAUGGGACCGGUGUCACGCCUGGAGGCCUCGGACGUGGCGGAGGACUCUGCCACGGUGUCGUGGGCGCUGGCGCCGGGCCACGUCGAGGCGUACAGCAUCGAGUUCCGCUCAGUCGCCGGGGAUGAGCACGGAGCUCGUGACGCGGCGGCGAGGGCGGCAUCCAGCACGCUCGACGGUCUCACGCCAGGCACGGCAUACCAGGCCAUCGUCACGCCCGUGUACACUGAUGGUGAGCGGGGCCCUCCCGCCUCCGUCAACUUCACGACCGAAGAUUCGGCAGAGGCACGCGCGCUCCGCUUCUCGCACAUCACCCCGGCGAGCGCGCGCGUGCUCUGGAGCGCCGCCCGCGGCGCCGUCACGCAGUACCGUUUAUCGUUCCGUGCCGCCAGCGGGCCCGGCAAGGCGGUGGUGCUCAAGGUGCCCGGCGAUGCCACGGCCGUCCCGCUGCGCCGCCUGCGGCAGAACACCAACUACGACGUGCUGGUGUACCCUGUGUACCGCUCUGGGGAGGGCCAGCCCAUCAAGGGCCGCUUCUCCACCGUGCCCGCGGUAAAGUUCCGACCCCCGCGCGACCUCCGCGUGACGGACGCAUGGGCGAGCAGCCUGCGCGCGUCGUGGCGCCCGGCGCCAGGGCCCGUGGUGGCGUACCGCGUGGCCUAUGCUGCCGAAGGCGAGGACGCGGCCUUGCCUCGUGAGGUGAUCGUCGGGCCGCACGACUCUACGGCCGUUAUCGAUGACCUCCGGCCUGACACGGCGUACGUGCUGAGCGUGCACGCCAUCUUUGCCGAUGGGGAGAGCCUGGGACUCGAGGGGAAGGCCUCGACUGGCGACAUGGAGCCGGAGCCACCGACUAUGGAGCCGGAGCCGUCAGGCGGGCGCUUUGCGUGCUCGGCGCCGCACGCUGACCUCGUGCUGCUGCUGGACGGCUCGUGGAGCAUCGGGCGCCACAACUUCCGCCUCGUGCGCCAGUUCCUCGAGGCGCUCGUGCACGCCUUCGACGUGGGCGCCGGCCGCACGCGCGUCGGCCUGGUGCAGUACAGCGGGGACCCACGCACCGAGUGGAACCUCAACUCGUACCCCACCAAGGGGGCCGUGGUGCAGGCCAUCAGGAGCCUGCCCUACAAAGGGGGCAACACCCUCACCGGCCUGGCGCUCUCCUACAUCCUCCAAAACAGCUUCACGGCGAAGGCGGGAGCACGGCCCGGCAUCCCCAAGAUCGGGAUCCUGGUGACGGACGGCAAGUCCCAGGACGGUGUGAAGGGGCCCGCGCGCAGCCUCAAGGACGCUGGCGUCGAGCUCUUCGCUAUUGGCGUGAAGGAAGCGGACGAGGCAGAGCUGAAGGAGAUCGCGUCAGAGCCGGACGAGAUGCACGUGCAUAACGUGGCUGACUUCGCGGCCAUGAGCUCCAUCGUGGGCGGCCUCACCAAGACCGUGUGCGCGCGCAUCAGCGAGCAGGAGCGGGAGAUCGUCGCUGCGGCGAGCAUUGCCGAUGCCGGCCCCCAGGCCCCGCGUGACCUCGUGACCUCGGAGAUCACGACCACGAGCUUCCGCGUGUCCUGGACGCGCGCACCGGGCCGCGUGCUCAUGUACCGCGUCGUCUUCUACCCCACCAAGGGCGGCCAGCCUGACGAGGUGGUGGUGGACGGCUCGGCCAACUCGGCCGUCUUGCAGAACCUACUGACGGCCUCCGAGUACCAGGUGGCCGUGUUCGCCGUCUACGCCAGCGCGGCAAGCGAGGCCCUCCGUGGUUCUGAGUCCACCCUGGACCUGCCCCCUAUUCGGGACCUGCGGAUCUUUGACGUAACGCACAGCAGCAUGCGCGUCGCGUGGGAGGCAUCCCCAGGUGCUACGGGUUACCUGCUGCUCUACUCAGCCAACGCGGGCGGAGAGGAGGGUGAUGCCAAGGAGGAAAAAGUGGGAGCGGGGUUCACGGAGAUCGAGCUGAGCCGACUGACUCCGAGCACGGAGUACACGGUGACGCUGUACGCCAUGUACGGCGAGGAGGCGAGCGACCCGCUCACUGGCCAGGAGACCACGCUUGCGCGAGGAGCCGCUCCAGCCACGCCAAAGAUCCCCACAGGCGGCCUGGCGGCUCCCAGUAACCUGCACGUGUCCGAGGAGUCAUACGACCGGUUCCGUCUCUCGUGGGAAGUCCCUGAAGACUCCUCCGUGCUGGGAUUCCGCGUCGUGUACCGUCCCUCUGCGGGAGGCGAGGAGAAGCCGCUGUUGGUGGGAGCGGGCGUCAGCUCGGUGCUGCUGCAGGGCCUGCGCGCCGGCACGGAGUACAGUGCCCACGUGCACGCCACCUACAGCGCGGGCGAGAGCGUCGGACUCACGGGGCUCGCACGCACACGGCACCUGGGCAUCAACCACCUCUUCGUGUUCGAUGUGAGAGCAACGGGGUUCUGCGUCGAGUGGCAGCCCCAGCGCGACGCCACUGCCUACCGCGUCGUGCUGCAGGAGGUUCUAGGCGGUCCCCAGCAGGACGUGACGCUGUCCUCCAGCGUGAACACGCACUGCUACUACGAGCUGCUGCCCGGCACCGAGUACCGCGUCAGCGUCCACGCACAGGUGCGGGAGGCGGAGGGCCCAGCCGUCAACGUCACGCAGCGGACACGCUCCGUGGUGACCGAGGCUCCCUACACGACGCCCAUCGGGGCUCCUCCCACCACCGCCCCGCAGCCUCGCGAAGAGUGCCGCUCAGCUCGCGCCGACCUCGUGUUCCUGGUGGACGGCUCGUGGAGCAUCGGGGAUGACAACUUCCACAAGGUGAUGAGGUUCCUUGGCAGCCUAGCGGGCGCGCUGGAGAACAUCGGCCCGCACGGCACGCAGGUGGCCAUGGCCCAGUUCAGCGACGAUGCGCGCACCGAGUUUAACCUCAACGUUCACCGGAGCCGGGAGUCUCUGCUCGACGGGAUCCGGAACGUCCGCUACAAGGGGGGCAACACUAAGACAGGCCGGGCCAUGAAGCAUGCACGCACGGAGAUGUUCGUGUCGGAGUCUGGGAUGCGCCGCGGCGUUCCCAAGCUGCUCGUCGUCAUCACGGAUGGGCGCUCGCAGGACGAGGUGACGCGUGUUGCCAAGGACGUACAGCACGAGGGCUACAGCGUCUUCUCUAUCGGCAUUGCGGACGCCGACGUGGCAGAGCUGACGAACAUCGCGAGCCGGCCCAGCGAGCGGCACCGCUUCUUCGUCGACAGCUUCGACGAUUUCAGGAAAAUCGAGAACGAGCUCAUCGGCUUCAUGUGUGAGGCGGCCUCUGCAACCUGCCCUCCAGUCUACCUCAACGGAUACUCCGUGGCAGGCUUCAAGAUGAUGGAGGCGUUUGGUCUGGUGGACAAGCUGUACUCGUCCCUGAGCGGCGUGUCCAUGGAGCCCGGCUCCUUCAAUGCCUUCCCGGCGUUCCGCCUGCACAAGGACGCCAUGCUCUCUCAGGCCACCAGGGAGCUGCACCCCGAGGGGCUUCCGCAGGAGUACACGGUCUCGUUCAUGCUGCGCAUACUGCCCGACACGUCGACGGAGCCGUUCAGCGUGUGGCAGGUGCUCGACAAGGACAGCUCCUCGCAGGCCGGCGUGCAGCUCGACGUCGGCGGCCGCACCCUCACCUACUUCACGGUGGAUGAGGAGGGGAAGCCCCAGUUCAUCUCGUUCGAUGGCCCCGACGUGCAGAGGAUCUUCUUUGGCUCCUUCCACAAGGUGCACGUGGCGGUGGCCAAGCAAAGUGUGCGCCUCUUCGUUGACUGCACGCUCAUCGCGGAGAAGCAGAGCCGUGUGCCGGGGAAUGUGUCGCUUGACGGCAGUGAAGUGCUGGGCCGGCUUGCGCGCUCCACACCCAGCGCACCCAAGUCCGCCACGUUCCAGCUGCAGAUGUUCGAGAUCGUGUGCGGCACCACCUGGCCCGCCAAGGACAAGUGCUGCGAGCUGCCGGCGCUGAGAGACGAGGCGACAUGCCCCACGUUGCCGCUCGCUUGCUCCUGCGCCCAGGACAGCAAGGGGCCCCCCGGACCUCCAGGGCCCCCCGGAGGGACUGGCCCCAAGGGUCCGAGGGGAGAGAACGGCGGCAUCGGGCCCCAGGGGGCAACGGGUCCACGGGGGGAGCAAGGACCCCCUGGCUCUCAGGGACAGCCUGGACCUCAAGGCCCCAAUGGAAUAUCAAUGGAAGGAGAGCCGGGCCGACCGGGUGAGAAGGGAGACCAGGGCCCGGCCGGACACGCAGGGCCCAUGGGUCCCUCUGGCCCUCCCGGGCAGCAGGGCAGGGAGGGCUUGCAGGGCCCACGGGGCCCUCCGGGGAAAGAAGGUGGACCUGGAUUGCCGGGUCAAGCGGGGCCCAUGGGCACAUCAGGAAACCCUGGACCCCCGGGGCCGAGCGGCAAACCUGGCUUCAACGGCGAGGGUGGACUUCAGGGCCCAGCAGGAACGAAGGGAGAAAAGGGAGAGAGGGGCGAUGCUCAGGGACAGAAUGUGGUGCGGAUGCUCGCGCGGCAGGUCUGCGAGCAGAUGAUCAACAGCCACAUCAGCCGAUUCAACAGCAUCAUAAACCAGAUCCCCAGCAACAACCACCACCAUGUACGGGCCCUGCCGGGGCCCAAAGGGGAGGCGGGACGCCCAGGGCCCCCCGGGCCGCCUGGGGAGCCGGGGCCCCUGGGUCGCCCGGGUUUCCCAGGGUCCCCUGGUAUGCCUGGUCGCGGCGGGGAGAGAGGCCUGACUGGAGAGAAGGGCGAGCGGGGAUCCACGGGCAUUGGAAGUUCAGGACUGCCCGGCCCUCAAGGUUCUCCAGGCUCCCCCGGAGAGGGUCGGCAGGGUUCUCCGGGCCCUGAGGGAAUGCGAGGGCCCCCGGGGCCUCCAGGCUCCUUCGGUUCGCCUGGGUUACGGGGCUCGCCGGGCCCCAAUGGUUACUGCGACGCGUCUAUGUGCGGCGGCUACAACAUCGGAGGUGACCACAACUCAGAGGGAGGAGGAGCCCGCCAGCAGCCCGCGGCGCCGCCGCCGAGACCGGGCGGCUCGCCCGGCGAGGAGGGAGGAGACGAGGGCGGCGAGGAGGACACGGAGGAGGAGGGGCAGUACGGAGACUACGCGGGGCCCUACGGCCACCACGAGGGCGCCUACGGGGACGCAGCGGACGGAGCAGCGGGGUUGGAUGAGGAGGAGCAGGUGCCGUCUCCCGGGAUGACUCGGUGGAUGGCUCGGUUCCGGCGCUCGCCACGAUAGCGCCCCGCGCGGGCUGCGUUUGUGGGCGCUCCCGCGAUCGCGUGAUCGCGGUUAUGGCAGACACGGGAGUUCAUUAGCUGCACUGUGAUGAGUCGUCUUGCACCGCACAGGGCCAGCUGCCACCGGGGGUACCCUUGGGAUGUUUGAGAUGGCGCGUGAUGCAAGGCGCUUUGAGUUGCUGAGAGUUGCUCCUACCUCUCCCCUUCAAUCCCCCCUACACUUCCACUUGUACCCUCUAAUCUCACUCUACUCCCUCUACACUUCCACUUGUACCCUCUAAUCUCCCUCUACUCCCCCUACACUUCCACUUGUACCCUCUAAUCUCCCUCUACUCCCCCUAUACUUCCACUUGCACCCUCUAAUCUCACUCUACUCCCUCUACACUUCCACUUGCACCCUCGAAUCUCACUCUACUCCCCCUACACUUCCACUUGCACCCUCUAAUCUCCCUCUACUCCCUCUACACUUCCACUUGCACCCUCUAAUCUCCCUCUACUCCCCCUACACUUCCACUUGUACCCUCUAAUCUCCCUCUACUCCCCCUACACUUCCACUUGUACUCUCUAAUCUCACUCUACACGAACUCUCUCCGCUCCAGCCAUCACGGUUGUCUUGUCUUAAUUCGCCCAUUGGCAGGUCGCUCAUUCUCCUCUGCUGUCCACAAGGCCUUGAGUUGUCUUCCCCCAGCCAUCCGUGCUGUCAACUCCACCAAAGUCCGGAUCGAAUUCCCUCUUCUCCGUUCCUUGACCCCUGUCCAAAUGGGUGCGCCCACCGCUUGUGCAGAGCGCCUGAUAUACGGCUGCCUGCAGGCGCCGUGCAGUCAACCUCGGUGAAACCCCACUCGCUCUCCCUGUGCUGUUCGGAAUCACCCUCGGUGAGAUUCAACUCGCUGUCCUGCCGUAGCCGACGUGACGAGUCUGCGGAAUCGCCCUCAGUUUAAAGUUUUACUUUUCCGGGUGUUUUUAGUCUGAAGAGGAAACUUCAGCUUUGCCUCCGCCUGAGAGCGGCUGUGAUGUUUUUCCGGACUGUGUCGUGGUGUCACCUCAUGUUGUUUAUGUUCACAAGGGCACGCGUAGUUCUUCAUUCGAGUGACGUAACGCGCUUCAAAAUUGGGACUAAUUAAUCUCCAAACACGAGAUACAGAGGACGCCACCACCCUCCCGUUCACCAAUUACAAUAGAUUUGCUUACAAUGCAAAUGUAAGCCAUUAUUUCCAAUGCUUGCAAAUAAUAACUAGUCUAAUCACAUAUUCUUAGCUCUUUCGGUAAAGUCACGUUGAAGGGAAACAAUAAAAUAAUAAAAUAUAUAUAAAACAAUACAAAUUCUCACGACGUUUCGACCAUAACACAAACGGUCGUCAUCAGGUG